GGACUUCUCUGCUAAACAGCUUCAUCACAGAUUGCUGUGAGCUGGUCUUUAGCCUCCCUUGGGACAGUCGUAUAAGAACAACUUGGCAUGACCUUUUCUCAAUUGUCUUUUAAGUAAAAGAAGCGGGAAUUUCACUGUGCAGCUUCAAGCCACUCAAAGAGAGUGUGAUAGCUACAGAAAAAAAGCACGAGAGAAGCACAGUAAUGAAGAUGGUACGCAACCAAAAGCGCAGUGCAGAAGAGGAAGCUCAGGAAACCUGCACUUCCAGAUUUCAACGAAAGACUCUGACGGCACCUGCCCCAUUUGCAGAUGAAACAAGCUGUCAGUGCCGAGCACCCCACGAGAAGCUAACCAUUGCACAAGCCCGCCUGGGAACACCAGUUGACAGACCUGUCAGAGUAUAUGCAGAUGGGAUAUUUGACCUCUUCCACUCUGGCCAUGCUAGAGCUCUUAUGCAAGCCAAAACUCUAUUCCCAAAUAGCUACUUAUUAGUAGGAGUUUGCAGUGACGAUUUAACUCAUAAGUUCAAAGGCUUCACUGUGAUGAACGAAACUGAGAGAUACGAGGCCCUCAGGCACUGUCGCUAUGUGGAUGAGGUCAUCAGAGAUGCACCCUGGACGCUGACACCCGAGUUUCUUGAAAAACACAAGAUUGACUUUGUAGCCCACGAUGACAUCCCGUACUCCUCCGCUGGCUCGGAUGAUGUAUACAAGCACAUAAAGGAGGCAGCUACCUGCCACAGUGCCCGGUCCUGCCGUGCUUUCCCAGCUGGCUUUCUUUUCCCACUUUGCUCAGGGAUGUUCGUACCAACGCAGAGAACUGAGGGCAUCUCAACGUCAGAUAUCAUCACAAGGAUCGUCCGGGACUACGACGUGUAUGCCCGACGCAACCUCCAACGAGGAUACACCGCCAAAGAGCUGAACGUUAGUUUUAUAAACGAAAAGAAAUACCGCUUUCAAAACCAAGUGGACAAAAUGAAAGAAAAAGUAAAGAAUGUGGAAGAAAAAUCAAAAGAAUUUGUUAACAAGGUGGAAGAGAAGAGCCAUGACCUCAUUCAGAAAUGGGAAGAAAAGUCCAGGGAAUUUAUCGGCAACUUUUUAGAGCUGUUUGGACCUGAUGGAGCUUUGAAGCAGAUGUUCCAGGAGCGAAGCGGCCGAAUGCUCCAGGCUUUCUCUCCGAGGCAGAGCCCAACCAGCAGCCCUACGCGAGGCCGCUCCCCGUCCCGUUCACCAUCCCCGCCCUGGGUCUUCAAUAAAGCCUCCCCUCCCUCUUCUCCAAAAGCUGCCUCCGCCUCCCUCAGCAGCAUGAGCGAGGGGGACGAGGAUGAAAAGUAAAAUAAAGAUAUAUUUUUUUAACCAUGA